UGCGGACUUGGGGUCGUCAAGGCCUCGACAUGAGACGAUGUCUUAGCAGCAAUUCAUGACAGUUCAUCACUCGUGCCCCUUUGGUCCUCAACAUCACUUAUCGUCGUUUUCCCCCACUUCAGGUACCGAAGCGACCCGCUGGCGUGUGCUGAUUUGUCUCGUGCACGGUCUGACAAAGAGACGUACCUACAUAUACAGGCGACUUACACGAGCCACGCAACUGCCAACAUGAGCAACAGUGACCUAUCCCAGAUCACCUCGGAGAUCCCUGACUUUAUUGGCGGGCUCCCCAGGAGGAAACAACCCAAGGUCCCUGCCCCACCGGAUGAAUUCGACCAGUACUUUGAUUAUAAACGUUUCUAUGAAGGAUCCCCAGCCGCCGAUGCCGACUCGCGGAGCCGCUCUGACGCCUCUUCCAUCCCGGGGCUAACAUCCGGUCCCUCGGAGGAAGACGGUGCAUCUUCCCCUAGGUCCACCGAGGACUCUUUCCACUUCAAGGAAGCCGUUGAGCAGAUUAAACAACAUGAUGAUCGCUUCACUGUGCCGGCUCGUGAGAUCAGACCCAACGGUGUGGAACCCUACCCAUGGCACAUGGAUAUCGACGGCACGCUAGGUACGAGUGGGGCCGAAAUCCAGGGACUCAGCGGUAGCAGCAGCCCGCAUUCCCCGGCCUCAUCCAACGGAACUGCACCGUCGUCAUACCACAGCUCUUCUUCGAAUGAAUUGCCACUUAGCCGUGGCAAGCGACAUCGCCCCCUAGACAACCCAGAUAAGGUUGCCCAGAUGCGCAAAAUUGGCGCCUGUUUCCGGUGUAAGACACGAAAGGUCCCAUGUGACCAGCAGAUUCCUUGUUCGCGUUGCAAAAAUGACGCCUCCAAGUACUGCAACGAUGACGACGGCGAACUGGCCGAACACAUGUGUUUCCGCCGUCUUUCUGCUAGCAGUGACCUCGUCUUUAAUGUAAUCUGGAAAGCGAAAGCAAACCCCCAUGCCGCGUCGCAAAGGGGUACCACUUUGCGCUGGAACGUAUACUUCGAGCCGUGCCUUACAACUCAACAACCCUUAGCAAUCUCAGUCUCACGCGACGAGAGCGAACAUAAUAACGUUCAGACAUGGCAGAGGUGGCAAUCCAACCCAGGACAGGCAAUUCCCCAAUACGUCUUGAACCCCCAUGGAGCACCUGAAGAUGUGGUGCUUACUAAAUGGGCUUCUUGGCAGAUGCUCACAGGCGAGGGCUCUGACUUCCAAUCAUCUCUAGACAUUCUAGUUAGCAGAUAUGCCCAGGCUGAGAACUCGUUCCUCCCAUAUUAUCUUCUCGUUCGCAAAGUCUACGACAUGAGAUGCAUGUAUAAAAUAUGGCGGCAAAAGAAAUUUUUCUGCCAGAAAUAUCCAGGAUCCGACCUGGAGGAGCUCCCGAAGCAGAUAUGUCAAGACUUGAAGCGGAUUGUAGUUUUCAGGUUGAAGACACUUGAAUCCGAUAUCUUGGCACAGUUCUGGAAGACUUUGGACGCGGCCUUGAAACCACACGAGCGAUUACCGCUAUGGGCCUGCAUGAUGGAAUUCAUUCUGAUGUAUCGGGACAUAUAUGCACUCAACCAAUCAGAAGACAUUUGCGGGGAUUCGUCACAGAUCCAAAAGAUUACCACGAGCGUCUUCAGCAACUUAGUCGUGAUGUGCGAAAUCUGUUUCGGCAAAAAGAAACCAGAACCAAUGACUGAGGACGGAAACGUGAUGCUGAGCACAGCAAAGAGGCAAUUAAAUGCUGAUUUCAGAAGAGUGGAAAUCCGCAGAGACGAAUUCUACCAGACCCUCCAAGACUGUACUACUUAUCCACACUCUUCCGCACUGGAACGUCUGUUCUGUGUCCUGUUAAUAGGCGCACAAAGAGGUGGCACAAGAGCUGGAGGCCGAGCGCCUAAGCGAGCCAGGCGAUAGAUGUGACAUAGUUGCACAAGGUAUCUAGGUAAUUCCGUUUCUUGUUAUGUCUUUUUAAACCUGGUUGGGAUCGGUUUGUAAACAGAGUUUUCGGU